AUGGUAAAGUUUCUGCUGCUGGCUUUGUCAUUUGGUCUGGCUCAUGCUGAGAUUGAUGGAAAGUGGGUUACUGUUGCCAUUGCUGCUGACAAUGUGGAAAAGAUAGAGGAAGGAAGACCUCUGAGAAUCUACCUUCGUGAACUUACUUGUAAAGAGACAUGUAAUAGAUUGGAAUUCACAUUUUAUAUCAAGACGAAUGGCCAAUGUACAAAGACCAAAGUCACUGGGAAUAGGCAAGAAGAUGGCAAGUACAUUGCACAGUUUGAAGGUGACAAUACAUUCGGACCUGUGUAUAUAACACCAGAGUUUACAAUCUUUGCCAAUCAUAAUGUGGAUAGAACUGGUCAGACUACAAACAUGAUUUAUGUUUAUGGAAAAGGUCAGCCUUUGACUCCUGAACAGUAUGAAAAAAUUGAGGAAUUUGCUAAGGUCCAGAACAUUCCAAGAGAAAACAUUCAAGAUGUUCUGGCUACAGGUGCAAGCAGGGCAGAGUUUCAGGCAAUUGCUCCUCCAGGUGCAGGUGGCCCCUAG